AUGCGAGUGAGCUCCGGGGAUUUGACCGUAGAACUGAAAAAUCAGGUUUCCCUGGAAGAAAAAAAUGCAGCGAUUAUUUAUGACUGUAAAGUACAGACUCCAAAGACCCUACAAGAAGCUAUUGAUGACAUGGGCUUCGAUGCCUCUCUCCACAGUCUUAACCCCUUCCCUGUUUUAACUGAUACUGUGUUUCUGACUGUUAAUACUUCAUUUGCUCCUCCAUGGGACCAGAUCCAAAGCACAUUGCUCAAGACCAAGGGUGUGACAGGCAUUAAAAUUUCUCCUCAGCAGAGAACUGCAGUGGUGACAAUAAUCCCUUCGAUAGUGAAUGCCAAUCAGAUAAUAGAACUGGUUCCAGGUAUCAGUCUAGAUAAUGGAACUCUGGAGAAAAAGCCAGGAACUUGUGAAGAUAACAGUAUGGCUCCAGCAGGUGAAAUCAUGCUGAAAAUGAAGGUGGAAGGGAUGACCUGCCACUCAUGCACUAGCACCAUUGAAGGAAAAAUUGGGAAACUACAAGGUGUUCAGCGAAUUAAAGUUUCCUUGGACAAUCAAGAAGCUACUAUUGUUUAUCACCCUCAUCUUAUCACAGCAGAGGAAAUAAAAAAGCAGAUUGAAGUUGUGGGCUUUCCAGCAGUCAUCAAAAAACAGCCUAAGUACCUUACAUUGGGAACGAUUGAUGUGGAACGUCUGAAGAACACACCUAUCAAAUCCUCGGAAGAAUCACAGCAGGGGAGUCCAUCACAUACCAAUGAUUCAACAGCCACUUUUAUUAUAGAUGGCAUGCACUGUCAAUCAUGUGUGUCAAAUAUUGAAAGUACUCUAUCUACACUCCAAUUUAUAAGUAGCAUAGCAGUUUCUUUAGAGAAUAGGUCUGCCGUUAUAAAGUACAAUGCAAACUUAGUCACUCUUGAAACUCUGAGAAAGGCAAUUGAGGCAAUAUCACCGGGGCAAUAUAGUGUUAGUAUUACAAGUGAAGUUGAGAAUACUCAAAAUUCUCUUUUCAACUCAUCUCAUCAAAAAAUGCCUUUGAACAUAGUUACCCAGCCUCUGACUCAAGAAACUGUGAUAAACAUUGGUGGCAUGACUUGUAAUUCUUGCGUGCAGUCUAUUGAAGGGGUCAUAUCUAAAAAGGCAGGUGUAAAAUCCAUACGAGUUUCACUUAUAAAUAGUAAUGGAAUUGUUGAGUAUGAUCCUCUACUAAUUUCUCCAGAAACCUUGAGGGAAGCCAUAGAAAACACGGGAUUUGAUGCUACCUUGUCAGAUCUGAAUGAACCAUCAGUAUUAAUAGCUCAGCCCUCAUUGGAAAUGCCACUUCUGGCUUCAACUAAUGAAUCUCAGGCUAAAAUGAUGACACCAAUUUAUGAUCAGGAGGAGACAAAGACUUCUAAGUGUUAUAUACAGGUCACUGGCAUGACUUGUGCUUCCUGUGUAGCAAACAUUGAAAGAAAUUUAAGAAGAGAAGAAGGUAUAUAUUCUGUACUUGUGGCUUUGAUGGCUGGCAAGGCAGAGGUUAGAUAUAACCCUGCUGUUAUACAACCUCUGAUAAUAGCGGAAUUCAUCCAAGAGCUUGGAUUUGGGGCUACUGUGAUUGAAGAUGCUCAUGAAGGUGAUGGUAUUUUGGAACUUGUUGUGAGAGGGAUGACUUGUGCUUCAUGUGUGCAUAAAAUAGAAUCUACCCUCACAAAACACAGAGGGAUUUUCUACUGCUCUGUUGCUUUGGCAACCAACAAGGCACACAUUAAAUAUGACCCAGAAAUUAUUGGUCCCAGAGAUAUUAUCCAUACAAUUGAAAGCUUAGGUUUUGAAGCUUCUUUGGUCAAGAAGGAUCGAUCAGCAAGUCACCUAGACCAUAAACGAGAAAUAAGACAGUGGAGACGGUCCUUUCUAGUGAGCCUGUUUUUCUGUAUUCCUGUAAUGGGGCUAAUGAUAUAUAUGAUGGUUAUGGACCACCACCUUGCAGCUCUGCGUCAUCAUCAGAACAUGAGUCAGGAAGAAAUGAUCAGUAUUCAUUCCUCUAUGUUCUUGGAGCACCAGAUCCUGCCAGGAUUGUCCAUUAUGAAUUUGCUCUCCUUUUUAUUGUGUGUACCUGUACAGUUUUUCGGAGGCUGGUACUUCUACAUUCAGGCUUACAAAGCACUGAAGCAUAGGACUGCAAAUAUGGAUGUACUGAUUGUGUUGGCAACCACCAUUGCAUUUGCCUACUCUUUGGUUAUUCUUCUGGUUGCAAUGUAUGAGAGAGCCAACAUGAACCCUAUUACUUUCUUUGACACGCCUCCUAUGCUGUUUGUAUUUAUUGCUCUGGGGCGAUGGCUGGAACAUAUAGCAAAGGGAAAAACAUCAGAGGCUCUUGCAAAGCUAAUUUCACUACAAGCUACAGAAGCAACUAUUGUAACCCUUGACUCAGAUAAUAUCUUCCUGAGUGAAGAGCAAGUGGAUGUGGAACUUGUACAACGUGGAGACAUCGUUAAAGUGGUUCCAGGGGGCAAAUUUCCAGUGGAUGGCCGUGUUAUUGAAGGAUAUUCUAUGGUAGAUGAGUCCCUUAUCACAGGGGAGGCAAUGCCUGUAGCUAAGAAAUCUGGCAGUUCAGUAAUUGCUGGUUCCAUCAACCAGAAUGGAUCACUACUGAUCCGAGCAACUCAUGUUGGAGCAGAUACAACCCUUUCACAGAUCGUCAAACUUGUGGAGGAGGCCCAAACUUCAAAGGCUCCUAUCCAGCAGUUUGCAGACAAACUCAGUGGCUACUUUGUUCCUUUUAUUGUUAUUGUUUCCAUUGUUACCCUCUUGGUAUGGAUUAUGAUUGGAUUUCUUAAUUUUGAAAUUGUGGAAACCUACUUUCCUGACUAUAAUAGAAGUAUCUCCCAAGUGGAAACGAUAAUCCGCUUUGCUUUUCAAGCCUCUAUCACAGUUCUGUGCAUUGCAUGCCCCUGCUCGCUGGGUCUGGCCACUCCAACUGCUGUGAUGGUGGGUACAGGAGUUGGUGCUCAAAAUGGCAUAUUGAUCAAAGGUGGAGAACCUCUGGAGAUGGCUCAUAAGGUAAAGGUAGUGGUGUUUGAUAAGACUGGAACCAUUACCCAUGGAACUCCAGUAGUGAAUCAAGUAAAGGUGCUAGUGGAAAGUAACAGAAUAUCACGCAGUAAGAUCUUGGCCAUUGUAGGAACUGCUGAAAGUAACAGUGAACAUCCUUUAGGAGCAGCAGUCACCAAGUACUGCAAGCAGGAGCUGGACGCUGAAACCUUGGGUACCUGCAUAGAUUUCCAGGUUGUGCCAGGUUGUGGUAUUAGCUGUAAAGUCACCAAUAUCGAAGGUUUGCUUCAAAAGAAAAGCUGUAAGACAGAAGAAAAUAAUUUUAAAAAUGAAUCCCUGGUUCAAAUUGAUACAAGUAAUGAACAGACAUCAAAUUCUCCUUCCAUGAUUAUUGAUACCCAACUUUCAAAGACUCUUAAUGCGCAGCAAUACAAAGUUCUCAUCGGUAACCGGGAGUGGAUGAUUAGAAAUGGCCUUGGCAUUAAUAGUGAUGUAGAUAAUUCCAUGAUUGAGCAUGAGAGAAGAGGUCGGACUGCUGUACUGGUGGCAGUUGAUGAUGAGCUGUGUGGGUUGAUAGCCAUCGCUGAUACAGUAAAGCCUGAAGCAGAAUUGGCUGUCCAUAUUCUGAAAUCUAUGGGCUUAGAAGUGGUUCUGAUGACUGGAGACAACAGUAAAACAGCUAGAUCUAUUGCUUCUCAGGUUGGCAUCACGAAGGUAUUUGCUGAAGUUCUACCUUCCCACAAGGUUGCUAAGGUGAAGCAACUUCAAGAGGAGGGGAAACGGGUAGCAAUGGUAGGAGAUGGAAUAAAUGACUCCCCAGCUUUGGCAAUGGCUAAUGUUGGAAUUGCCAUUGGCACAGGCACAGAUGUAGCCAUUGAAGCAGCUGAUGUGGUUUUGAUAAGGAAUGAUCUUCUGGAUGUAGUGGCAAGUAUUCACUUAUCAAGAAAGACUGUCAAGAGGAUUCGGAUAAAUUUUGUCUUUGCUUUAAUUUAUAAUCUGGUUGGAAUUCCCAUAGCGGCUGGUGUUUUUAUGCCCAUUGGCUUGGUCUUGCAGCCCUGGAUGGGAUCUGCCGCAAUGGCGGCCUCAUCUGUUUCAGUAGUCCUUUCUUCUCUCUUCCUUAAGCUUUACAGGAAACCAAUUUACGAGAAUUAUGAACUGCGUACCCGGAGCCAAAUAGGACAGAAGAGCCCUUCAGAAAUCAGUGUUCAUGUUGGAAUAGAUGACAUGUCAAGAAUUUCUCCUCAGCUGGGUUUGCUGGACCGGAUUAUUAAUUACAGCAGAGCUUCCAUAAACUCACUACUGGCUGAUAAACGUUCCCUAAACAGCAAUGCUACCAAUGAACCUGAUAAACACUCACUCCUGGUGGGAGACUUCAGAGAAGAUGACACUGCACUGUGAAAGGACAGAGAGAGUUACCACACUUGCUAUGCACGGGCAGGGCAUUCAUGAAGUCCUCUUAGCUUUCAAAGUCAUGUGUGGAAGGAUUUGUGUUCGCCUCAUGCCCUUGUAGUAGGCGUUCCAUGUGCAUUGCAUUUGUCCUAUGGCAAAAAUAUCUAUUUUCAGGAUAUCAGCUCCGAACCUAAUGUUAUUUGCAGUGAAAUUCCAGUAUUUGUUGUUUUGACUGACAACAUGUAAGGUAGAGGAAUGAGGUUUACAGCAGGCAUACAAUUUAAGUUGCUAAAUUACUAACGUGAUAGAUUUGUUUUUUCCAAUUUGAUGAGAGAGAGAGAGAGAGAGAGAGAGAGAGAGAGAGAGAGAGAGAGAGAAAGAGAAAUCCAAAGAGGAUCAUUUUAAAAUUUGGAGAUUUGAGAACAGUCAUGACCUUGGGAUUCUUGAGCUCAAUGCCUUUGAAAGCGCUAUCUAGAACACCUAGUUUUAAAGGGGAAACAGCAAAAGCUGUUUGAAAAUAGAUGUGCCUUAUUUAUCAAAGCCCUUCUUUCCCCCUCUUUUCUCUGCCGUUGCUGUUUUAGAUGCACCACUGUUUUCUUUGAUUUUCUUCUUUUGGCGAGCCAGAUUUGGGUGGCUCCUCAUCUUUAAAAAUAACUGACAAUUUUUCCAUAUUUUGUUUCUUUUUUAAAAGUGUUUUUAAGAAUAUAGGAUUCCCUGCCUUCCACAAUCCUUUUGUUGUAAGAAAUGUACAACUAUUCCUUCAACUUUUUUACCUCUCUGCAAGCUUUUGAAUUCACUCCUGCUGAGUUCAGUUAUAAGAAGUUCUUAGUCUCCCCACGUAAUUCACAAUAAAAAUUCAUUUAAAAAAGAGAAGUUCUUAGUGUAGUCUCUUUACCAGCCUCAGUCCAGAAAUGUAAAAAAUAAAUUUGAACCUCUUUGGUAAUUGAUUUUUUUUCAAAGAUUUAACACUACCAUUUUUAACAUAUAUAGCUCAUAUCAGACUACUUGGAUUCACUAACUUUGCCUUUUGGUCGGGGCACACAAUAUAGGCACUAACCAAGUAUGGUGUUUCAGAUAAUGAUCAAAGUGACUUUGAAAUCAUGCUAAUGCACAAAGCUGAUUUUACCAAAAAAGAAAAUACAAUAAAUUGUAAUGCAGGAACCAGAACUCUUCUAGGUGUGAUACCAUUUAGCCAGAUCUGCUUUUCAAUUUUAAAACAUUUGCACUUGCAAGUUAAUGUUGGCAAAUUUAAAGGCUUGUUCCCUCUGCCAUGGGAAUUUAGAACUUUCCAUGUGAGUGCGUGGGAGUUAAUACACUGGUAAAAGGCUGAAAAAAGAAAUAUCUCAUUUGGGGGGGGAGGAGCAGUUGAACAUAGCCAGCUACUAUUUUUGUUGUCAUUAUUACUAUGUGUAUUUGAGCUUUCCUUGUGGUCCCACACACAUGUACUUGUAACACUACUUCGAUUUCACGUUCAUUGCAGAGCGGGAUUUCAUAUCCAGAAUAAGUAAGUGAAGAAAACGCAUCAAGAAAUUCCUAAUAUUUUGACCCCAUAUGUAAAGCUGCCAGCACAAUGCUUGGCAGAUAGGCUUUGUACUCAGUAAAAGGUCUUUUCUCCCUUUGAGGUCAGUAAUAAAUGUAAAAAAUGUCACUUUAGAACAGGGUCUAAAAUCAGGGGUUAUGAGAUAGGGGUAGACACACACACACACACACUCACACACACACACACACACGGCAUUAUUCCAUUGCUGUCUUUUCCGGUUUGGAAAAGUUUCUUUUUUCUCAUCCAUCUUAAAAGAGUGAACUGAAACUUGUGAUGAAGGUGCUAUUAGUCUUGAAAGGCAAACCUAUUUCUGUGGAUUAUGACUGUGUUUGUCUAGACUCCUUUUUUAGGCCAAUGUCUAUGCCAUCCUCCGUGCUUCCAGUUUGAGUUUUAAUAUUUGUUUCUUGUUUUAAUUCCUUUGACCCAUCUAUCAUACCACAACUCGUUUCUUCUCGAAGAAAUAGCUGACAUGACAAAUGUAUAGACUUUUAGACUUUUCUCACUCCGGAGCCAUAUUGAAAAAUGAAGCAGCUCACUUUUGGGGGGAAGUAAUUGAGCCUAGCCAGUUACCAUUUUUUAUUGUCAUUAUUACCAUAUGUGUUUGAGUUCUCCCUUGACCCCAUUUGCAUGUUAUAGGACAUUGAGAGUAUCAGUCUAAGAAUAAUCAAGGAUAUAAAUUGCGAUCCUUACUAAAAGAGCAAAAAAUAUAAUGUUUAAAAAAAGUAAUUUUUAAAGCAGCUAUAGACACAUUUGAAUUUUCUACCACGUGUUUUUGUAAUCUUAAACUCCCAUUAGCUUCAGACAAGCUGUAUUCAGUGGACAGAGAAGAAUAUGAAUAUAUGCAGGGAAUCAAAAACAUUGCAUCCAGUUAGUAACUAGUUGACUAGCAGCUAGUGAUUAUUGAGAACAAAUCUUAUAAAUGUAUGUGUUUAUUCAUGAACAUGCAUAGAUAUGUGGACGUAUACAUAUAUAUGACGGGGCUUUAACAUUUUCAUGGAAAAAUUCCAUUAUCUCUCAAUUCCAUUUUCCCACAAACUUUUUGAAGCCCCCUCCUAUAUAUUUCACUAUAUAUAAACAAACUUAUGUUUGAAUUUUGUAUUUGAAGUUCUUUAAUUCACUCUUCUGUAUUUACUCAGCAACUAUGCCCUCAGUCAGAAGAUAACAAGGAACUUUGAUAUCCAAUGCUGGUUCAAACCCAACUGAAGGAUCCCUUUUUAUCUUAGCUAUCCAAAGAUGCCUUUUGAAUUUCCAAUAUUCAAAUACAACUGAAAUAGUUAGUGUUGUAGAAUAGUCUAAGUAUCAUUGUCAGCUGUGAAAAUAGAAACAUUAAUUUUCCUAGCUUAAUACUAACAUUUUGAGAUGUUAAAUUUGCUAUCUUGUGAACAAAUUGUUUGAUACUAUGCUUUGACUUUCUAAAAAUUAUUUUGUGUUCAGAUAUGAUAAAUGGUUAAAAUAGCACUGUAGACAAGACGUUCUUAAAUAUUUAAGAGUGCAUAUAUUUUCUGUACACGGUUUAAAAUCAAGCAUAUUUGUUAAGAGAAAAAUUUCCCUUUAUUUGUGGGUCUGGCUUUACAUUGAUUUUUCUUAAUAUUUAUUUUACUCUUGUUAUUUUCAGUUGGUGAGGCAUCUGGUUACUGGUUAUUUUCAUAAGAAUAAAAACAUUGCUGGAAUCAAUCCCUUCAGAUUUUUCUUUUUGUUGGUUUGAUUUCUAUAUUAUACUUAAACAUAUUAUCUUACCAAAUUAAAAAAGAUAGAUGCAUGCCAAAUUAUGACCUCUUUUUGCACUCACUUUCUGUAGUCCCUCAAUCUGAGUAGCAUGAAGCAUGAAUGAUUAUUCUUCAAUGAAAAGAGCUUCUUUAAUGGCACUGUUAAUAAAUACCUUUUGUAGCCAAAACCAGACGUCUCAACCUUAGGUUUUUAGUUAAAGAAAUGUUUAACUAAACAUUGUUACAUUUUUAUUAUUUGGUACCCCAAACGGCAAUGGACAGUAUUGUGCAAUAUUCAUCUACUAUAGUUAAAAUAUCAGCAGUUUUCCAUGAACAUGUAAUCAAUCAUAUUUCUGCCAAGGAUGUGCCUUCAGUUUGUAAUUAUAGUGUUGUUCAAAAAAGUCAA